UAAAACCAAUAAUAUUACACAGUUGUGGAAUGAAUUGAAGAGUAGUAAGGGCGCGACGUGCCAUUAAAAACAACAUAGCGAGACCGCACUUAGAAUUGCUCAAAUUCAAACUUGCUUUUGCGGAACGGAACGUAAAACGUCAGUUAGCCGGCGGCAAACUACAGCUGUCAAAUAUAGUAAAUCACGAAAGUUGCUGGGUUAGAAACCAGAAUUAAAUAAUUAAAAUGGAACAAUUACAAAACAAAGUGCCCUGCAGGGAAGAGCAGUUGAACGACUUGUUUAAUCUCCUCGGUGAUGGCGACGAAUGUUUACCUUGUUCUAUAUUUAUCAGCGGCAGUAUGGCGACAGGAAAAACUUUGUGUGUAAACUCGGUACUCCGAUGUUUGAACUACAAACACGUUAUUAUUGACUGUAUAGAAUGUUACACACCUAAAAUUAUAUUCGAGACUAUUCUAUCGGGACUGGAAGACGAGGAAAUCGAAGUUAAAUGUGAAACACUAAUGGACCUUGUUAAUGGUUUGAAUCGGUUGCAAGAGACGCGUCUUGGUUAUGAUCCCAUUGUUUUAGUGUUCGACAGGGCUGAGAGACUUAGGAAUUUAGACGCAAACAUAAUGAGCGCAUUUCUAAAACUAAGAGAACUCUGUAAUUUAAAUAUUUGCUGUAUUUUCGUAACACAUUUAAUUUAUGAAAACUUUAACUUCAGAAGAGGAGCCCGUGAGCCUAUAAAGCUUUAUUUCUCGAAUUACAACAAAGAAGAGCUGUUCAGAAUAAUAUUUCUUCAACAAAAACCUUUUAUACAUCACUUGCUAGUUUCUUACGAAGUGGACAAUGAAAUCAAAGGUGAAUUAGAGAAACCAGAGCUAUUUGCAAACUUUCUCAACGCAUUUUUGAGCGUAUUUUAUAGACCGUGUCGAGAUCUGAUUGAGUUGCAGCACAUGGCAUGCGUUAAUUUCAUAAAAUAUUGUGAGCCAAUCAUAAAAAAUGAGAUAAGUGCUACAGACUUGACAAAACUGUGGCGUCACAUUUCUCCGAUUCUCAAAUCUAGUUUGGAACUGCUCUACCUGCGUAUAAGUGAUGCUAAAUCUGUUAAACCUUCACCAGGCAAAGAGAACAGUGAUACUGACAGCACACCACACAACUUUGAAAAUAUGUUGAAAGAAGAGUUGACUUCAACAAAAACUUUUGCACAAAGUUUUGAACUACCCUACUAUGCCAAAUUCUUACUCAUUGCUGCUUAUUUAGCUAGCUACAACUCACCGAUGGAGGACAAAAGACUGUUCAUGAAGAAUCAUGGGAAGCAACGGAAGCGUUUACAACAAAUUAAAGCCAAGGCUAAGAUAUCAGAGAAGUUGAACACGCAGCUUGGUCCUAAAGUUUUCACAUUACACAGAUUACUGGCCAUAUUUUAUGCCAUAUUAGAAGAAAAGAUUGGUUUGACAAGUAAUUUACUGGCACAAAUAGCUACUUUAGUGGAAUUGAAGUUGAUAGCUGGGAGCAAGGAAAUAGAUCUGGAUACAGCUAAGUACAAAUGUAUUGUUGGUUAUGAUUUCAUAGCAGCAGUUGCUCAGACUGUUGGUUUUAAUGUAAGGAAGUAUUUGUAUGAUUUCAUGUGAUUUUUAUUUAAGUUUAUUUAUUGUACUUUAUUUAUAAAAGGUUUAAAAAUCAAAAUGUGUUUUCUUUC